AUAUUGUUGUGCCGAUAAAGUUCUAUGAUAGUUGUAUUAAAUGUGAUAAUAUUACUGUAUUUACUGUAGAAUAUUAUUAAAGUGCUGUACAGUGUUUUUGAACUCCUAAAGUGUUAAAAUAUUUCUUUAAAGUAUAAUAAUAGUUUACUUACCGCACAGUGUUGUUACAUUGCUGUGCAGUAUUUUCUUUUUGUUUGUUUUUCAUGUGUUGUUUAUAAAAAUAACUCCUUGUUGUCCAGUCCGCUUCCCUUUGAUCACCGCUCUGCGCAUGCGCUCCUCUGGAGUUUAGGGUGGGAGAGUUAGCUGUUAGCAUAGUGAGCUAACAGCCGGAGUGUGUAAUGGCGGCCUCAGUGUUGCUGGGGUCUGCGGACAGCACGGGACUAAACUUCACGGUUGGAGGCGUUAGCAGCGGCGGCACCGGGAAUGUGCUAGCAGGGAAUAAUAACGGACUGGGUCCGGCGGGUCCGGCGCCCUGGAACCGGUCCAUUGACCGGGCGUUGGACGAAGCCUCGGCCACCGGGAGCCUGAACCUCAGCGGCAGGAAGCUGAAGGAGUUUCCGCGGAGCGCCGCCAACCACGACCUCACGGACACCACUAGGGCCGAUCUGUCCCGUAACCGCCUGUCGGAGCUUCCUCUGGAGGUUUGUCUCUUCGUGUCUCUGGAGAGUCUAAACCUCUACCAGAACUGUCUGCGCUCCCUCCCCGACAGUCUGGUCAACCUGCAGGCGCUCACCUACCUGAACCUCAGUCGGAACCAGCUAUCGGUCCUCCCCGUUGUGGUCUGCAGUCUGCCCCUGAAGGUUUUAAUUGCCUGUAACAACAAACUGGUUUCUCUGCCAGAGGAGCUGGGACAGCUGAGACAGCUCACCGAGCUGGAUGUCAGCUGUAAUGAGAUCCAGACUCUGCCAUCUCAGAUGGGUCAGCUGGAGGCUCUACGAGACCUGAACAUCAGGAGGAACCACCUGGUCAGACUGCCCCCAGAGCUCGCCGACCUCCCUCUGGUCCGUCUGGAUUUCUCCUGUAACAAAGUCACUUCCCUCCCCGUCUGUUACCGCCGGCUCACGCAGCUGCAGACCAUUGUCCUCGACAACAACCCUCUGCAGACGCCACCUGCACAGAUCUGCAUUAAAGGGAAAGUCCACAUAUUUAAAUUCCUAAACAUGGAGGCCAGCAAGACGACCCCUGACCUCCCAGACUACGACAGGCGGCCUAUGACCUUCAGCUCCUGUGGUGAUGAGCUUUAUCCCGGACGUCCAUACGGUGCACUGGACUCUGGAUUCAACAGCGUGGACAGCGGAGACAAGAGAUGGUCGGGGAACGAGCCCACAGAGGAGCUGUCAGAGCUGCCACAGAGAGUGGCUGAGAUCAGCAGGGAGCAGAGACACAGAGGAGCAGGAGGAGCUCUGCAGGCUAACGGCACCUCAGAUGCGGAGUUGGAGCAGAUAGACUUCAUCGACAGCUGCGUAGGGGAGGAGGAGGAGGAAGAGGGGAGGAGUCGAGGACGAGGAGCAGGAGGUGGUGGGGGAGGAGGCGGAGGAGCAGGUGACGGCAGCAGCCUGAGCUCUCAGUUCAUGGCUUACAUCGAGAGACGCAUCACAAGGGAGGGUUCUCCAGGCAAAACACACUCUACCAGGACGGAUGACUCAAAGAGACACAACAGGAGCGUGGUGGAUGGAGUAACAGCGCCCUCUAGCUCCCAGAGCCAGAGGGCAGUCGGGGGUGUGGAGAGGAUGAGGAGGGAGGCCCAGCUAGCAGCUCUGCGGUACGACGAAGAACGACAGAAGAACCGACCUGUGCAGAGAGACUCUGUCACCAGCUACAGCAAGCAUAAAGCAGCUCAGAGUCCGUCAAAGUCCAGUCCAGACAGCGAGACUGUCUGCCCCUCCAGACGCUCCACCCACACAGAUGACUCCGCCCUCUUUAUGGGCGAGGACAGAGCCACUCUCUCUCCCACAGCCAAUCAGUCGCCUUCUUACCCCAGCUCGGGGGCUGUGGCCUCAUGCCGGUCAGCCAGUCUGAGACCAGAGAGCUUCCUGUUUCGUCUGGGUCAGAAGGAAGAGAAGAGGAAAGGUGAUGCUGCUACAGUUCCUCAGAAUCAGGAGGAAACUCGUGCUGCUCCUCCUCUGGUUGGUGAAGACGCUGAGCUGGUGGAGCAGCUCCGAAAGAACAUCGAGGCUCGUCUAAAGGUGUCGUUGCCCAGCGACCUGGGAGCAGCUCUGACGGACGGGGUGGUGCUCUGCCACCUGGCCAAUCAUGUGAGACCGCGGUCCGUCCCCAGCAUCCACGUCCCCUCCCCCGCUGUGCCUAAACUCACCAUGGCCAAAUGUCGACGGAACGUGGAGAACUUCCUGGAGGCGUGUCGCAGGAUUGGAGUUCCACAGACGCAGUUGUGUCUUCCUCUGCACAUCCUGGAGGAGCGAGGGCUCCCCCAGGUGGCCGGCACCGUCAGCGCCCUGCUCGACCUGGCCCCACCCCGACAUCCCAGCGUCAGCACAACAACCGCCGCACAGGGACCCUCCGUCAACAUCUAGACCACCACAGCACAUCCACCGCAUGUGCUCAGUGGGCCUGGUGAGGGCCGACAGAGAGGAGAGGACAUGAGACAGGAAGUGACACUUGAGCGGGAGGACGGAGAGAUCUGAUGGAGAGACCAACAGAAACUGAGCUGACAGGGUGCCAUUUUAUUUUGAAAUUACACUAGCAGUAAACGUUUGAGAAACCUUCAGAAGCAGGAGUUUAAAUGGAACUGUCGACUUUAAUGUUUGAUGGAUCAGAACGAACCAAACCUUAAACGACAGUAUAAAUACAGCUCUAUUUAGAUAAAAGCCCCACAAAUGUACAUUUAAACACUAAUAGUUUUAUUUUUAGGAAUUUUAAAGCUGCUCCAUCAGACAAAAACAUUCAGAACCAAAUCACCACCAGGGGAAAUAAUCAAAGUCAGCAUUUCUGACACUAACCAGAGAAUAUUCAGGGAUCAGCAGUUAAAACUACAACCACUGACACACAUGUCACCAGAUAACAUGGUCACUGGUGAAACCAUACCACCGGCCAGCGGACUCAAAGUAGCCCAGGCAUGGGGCCGUCCACAUCUGUAGAUCUUUAACCCUCAGUCAUCUAAGACGACAAAGAUUAAGACUUUUAAUCUUGCCGGUGUAAGAAAUAAACCCUGUCCAGUUAUCCGGCAUGUUGGGCCGCUCGCCAUGACCAUCAUCUGUUUAAGCUGACUCCACCCCUGGAAAAUAAAAAAACUUUAAAUCAAUUUCAGCCCACAAUCCCCGAAAUAUGGCAACGUUUCCCAAAUUUCCAUGAAAAUGCUUGAAAAUUUCCAAGCACAGUCAACCAAACAGGAAACAUUCUCCAACAUCUCAGUCUCAUCACUCAAGCUCCAGAGAACGUUCCGGACGGUUCUCUGUUGUUCUGUCAGCAGGAGUAUGAGUGUGUUGUCGGAACGUUUAAAGGCGAUGUCCACGCUGCAGAGAUCAGCAGGAUCAGGAAGUCAGAUUUGGUUCUGUUGCAAAAAAACAUGGGCAGCUUUAGGAGAAGAGGUUGGAUCUGGAUCUGGAUCUGGAUCUGGAUCUGGAGCUCUGAUGUUUGAAAUCUUUGGUUUGUCUGAUCGCAUCGAUGGUUAAAAUAUUGGUUUAGUUUGAAUGAGAGAAGCUGAUGCAGGGACUAAACCCUGAGACGUUCCUUCAUAUUUAACACUGCACCUGUAAGUUAAGAAAAGGGUCUCUGACGUUGCAGACUUCUUCAACCACAGUUACAUAUGGCUCCUAAGCUGACUCUUAUUACUUUAAAAGCGUUUUUGUCUCUUUAUCACUCAGAGGGGUUUCAUGUUUUUACAGCUCUUUAAAACAUUUUAUUUUUAUUUAUUUAAACUCUAAUAAUCAUGUUUGAUGGCAUGGUAAUAUAUUUGACCACAUAGGACACUGAUUAACAGGAGGUUCUUAAAGCAGAAUGACGAGAUCAUCCAUAAAGUUAGAUUUCCUUUUUAGAAAAUAAAACAAUGACUUAACGGCUAAUGUGGCUAAAUGCUAACAACACUUUACUGUGAAAAUAUCCUUCUGCAGCUUUUACCCUUUAUUUAGAGAGGACGGGACAAGGAUGUGUCUGAAAUCAGAGAGAGAGCGGGGAGGGGAAGGAGCCACAUUUGGGAUGUGCACCUGACCGUUUGGUAGACUGUGAUCUGUAAAUGGGACAGUCCAAACACCGGGCCGCCUGUGUCCCAUACAUAGAAAAUGUUUAAAGUGGUUCAAAUGCAUCCUUUUACUUUAAGUAAGUUUAAACUUUUAAAAUAAAGCCAUGCUGCUAAUCAUCUUGAAAGACACUAAGGUAGACUGCUGCUGAGGUAGCCCACUGCUAGCGUAGCACACUGCUAAGGUAGCCCACUACUAAGCUGGCCUGCUGCUAAGGUAGCCUGUUGCUCAGGUAGACCGUUGCUAAGCUGGCCCGUUGCGAAGGUAGCCGGCUACUAAGCUGGCGCAUUGCUAAGGUAGCCCACUGCUAAGCUAGCCUGUUGCUAAGGUAGCCCACUGCUAAGGUAGCCAGCUGCUAAGCUGGCCUGUUGCUAAGGUAGCAGCAGGCUAUUAUUAUUGUGCUAGUCUAAUAGUAAUAAUAAAUUAUUUUAUAUUGUGCUAGACUGGGGCUGAAUCUGAGUUCAUGCUGACAGCCCGAGUCCUCAAAACUCUUCGUGACACUAAAAAACACACAAGUGAUCCCCUCAGCAUCUCUGGCUACACUCAGGGCUAAAAAACUGAUCCUGUUCGUCCCAAACUUUCUGGUACACACAAACUACCAUCUUCUGCCCAUGGAAGAACCCUCCUCUGAUCACUGUUUCAUUUGAAGCUUGACAUUUUUGGUAAACGGCAGAAACAUUAUCUAUUUAUUCAGCUCCUGUCCUCUGAGGGCCUCCGUAAAAACCGUUAGGUCUGCAAGCUUUUAAAGAAAAAUGAGCUAGCAUUGAACUACUUGGUUUUCAGUAGGAACUAAUGUAGCUCAGUGCUAACGUGGUACAGUGCUAAUAUAGCACUGGCUAAUGUAGCUCAUUGCUACUGAAACCCAGUGCUAAUGUAGCUCAAUGCUUAUGUGGCUUGAUACUAGCAUAGCUCAGUGCUAAUGUAGCUCAGUGCUAAAGUUGCUGUCUGUGCUUCUGUGGUCAGUUUUCGUCUCUCCAUCAGGUCCAGCCACUACUGGUUCAGGUUUUACUCUUAUAAACAGUUUCAGUCUUCACUGAGCUCUUCCGCGAUUUCAGUCACAGCAGAGACGGAGUCAUGUGACCAAGAGGAGGUUGACUUCACUCUCUGUGAUCAGACAUCCCUGUUUUCCCUCUUCUUCUUUAAAACUUUAUUGUUCUUGCUUCUUCUGACACUUGGAGCUCUGACGGCUUUUUGUGGUCUCAGGUGGCGUUAACUCCAUCAUGGUCCGCAUGGAUCAGGACUAAUUUCUUCAGAACAGUCCCGUACUUUGAUUUAGUCAGUCAGUAUGGUCUGUAUAAUUUUAAUGAUUGAUGGUAUCAACCAGCAGCAGGACGUCCUGAGUGCAGAGGUGUAGUUCACUCUCCUCAUCAGUGAUGAAGUGUGUUAGACUGCUCUUCAUCCUCAGACUCCUCCUUUGGUCUCUACACAUCAGCACCCAGGAACGCAGGAACACAACAUUCUUUCACCUCCUAACAACUCUGCAUGGCUGCUGUCGUUCAGAGUAAUGUGGCUGACUGCUCUGAUGUGUUUGAUGCUGAUUGGCUGACAGGUCAAUGAGCUGCAGCCAAUCAGAGCGGCUCUCAGACACCUGAGGGUUAACCACAGCUGAUGGUUUGAGUGAUUGAAUCUGACUGAGAGAUCAGAGAUAGAUCGGCCGAUAAUGAUCAGUUAUUGAUGGAUUGGGGCAUCCCUAAACAAACCAAAGCUUUAAAAUACGCCAUGAUGAGAGCGGCAUGUAGGAAAGGAAUGAAGAGAACAAACACUGCACUCUGUUUAAAACGCACUAACAUGGUCAGCUCCAGGACAGGAGGGUGAAACGUUCCUCUAACACACAGCUCUGUUCCUGAUCGAUACCAUGGAUGAUUGAAAUCACACUGGUUGAUCUAAAGACAUGGUGUUUAUGGUUAUCGGACCUGUUAACGGCUGAUAUGUAAAGAGGGGAAAUCAUGUUCCUCCAGGCUCUAUCCGCCAUCAUGACAGUGACGAGCUCAGUAGUGAGUUAGCGUCUGUGAUCACACCGCCUGCUCAGACUUCCUGUUUACCUUCAAUCAGCUGUUUCUUUGUUUACUUGUAUUUCAGUGAAAGCAGCAUCAUGAACUCAUUUAUCUGUUUCUUUCUUUGUUUGGAGUCAAACUCCGCCCAAAAACGGCGAGAUUUAAGGAUUGGUUCAAAGGUUUCACUGUUAAUGGGAGCUCACGCUGCAUUCGGGUGAUGCAGGACACAAGGACUCUGAAGAGCUGAAGCUGAGAGUUUCUCUUCAACACUAAAGCGGCACCCGAACGCAUCGUCCACCAGCCUCCUCUCUGUUUGGCCCUGCCCCUCAUCAUGGCGACAGCUGUGACUCCCCUGACCUCCUGUUUGUACAGAUGUUUGAAUAUUUUCUUCUUCCUGUUUCUCCUACGGCGGUGAAGUGUCAUGUGAUGGCGGUGAGGUCAUGUGAUGGUGGUGAGGUCAUGUGAUAGCGGGGGUCUUGUGCUUUUAAAGGACAUUCCACCGUUUUUUCUCCAGAGGAUGAACAGACUGUCUCACAGUUUUUAACAUUUUUUCACUUUGUUUUAUUUUUGCUGAAAGUGUAAAAAGAUUUGAACACAGCUGUAAGAAGAGUUAACUUUAAGUGCAUUAAAUAAAUAUUUUAAUUUGA